AUAUACCCCUCCAUCCUAAAUGCAACCUCAGACACACCACACCUUCUCACCAUCCUCACAGAACUCAAGAGUGUCGGUCAGUCAGACAGAGAGGCAGGGCAGACUGCUGAAAGGGGGAGUGGACACAUAUAGAGCAGAGGGGAAAAGAGGAGAAGAGAGAAAGAGGGCUAUCCACUCAUCUCCGACAGUAGGGAUAUUGAUGCACAUACUUGAGUGAAGAGGAAAAUAAAACGACAUGAGUUUAGGAGCAGCAUGUGUCUUCCUGAGGGGAGGGAAGCAUAUUGACAGAGAGCUGGCCGAUGACGAAAUUGAAGAGCUGCGCGAGGCGUUUGCUGAGUUCGACAAGGACAAGGAUGGGCUGAUCAGCUGCAAGGACCUGGGCAACCUGAUGAGGACAAUGGGCUACAUGCCCACUGAGAUGGAGCUGAUCGAGCUGAGCCAGAACAUCAACAUGAACCUUGGUGGGAGAGUAGACUUUGAGGACUUUGUUGAGCUGAUGGCCCCAAAGCUGCUGGCUGAGACUGCUGGGAUGAUCGGCGUGAAAGAACUGAAGGACGCUUUCAAAGAGUUUGACGCGGACGGAGACGGAGAGAUCACAACAGAGGAGUUACGAAACGCCAUGACCAAGCUGAUGGGGGAGCACAUGUCUCGAAGAGAGAUUGACGCUGUGGUACGAGAGGCUGACAAUAACGGUGACGGGACAGUAGACUUUGAAGAGUUUGUUAGAAUGAUGUCACGCCAGUGAGGAGGACUUCUUGGAAAAAUGAUUAUUUCUCACACACACACGUUUGUAUUACUAUCCUUGUGGGGAUCAAACAAUUGAUUCACAUUAAAAUCCUAUUUUCCCUAACCCCUAACCCUAAAAUAGCCUUUUUCCUUGUUGGGACCUGCAAAAUGUCCCCACAACCAAAACCAAACACACACACAUACACACACACACACACACACACACACACACACACACACUGGGCUGCAAUUGAUACACAGCCACACAUUAACAGAAAGAUGGAAUGUCUAUGCAAUCUUCAGGAUGUAUUUAUGCAGUUUGAAAAAUGAUAUUAAUACAAUUAUUUUAUUAACACACAUAAUACAAUAAAAAUAUAUAAUACAAUAAUUAAUAACAUGACCACAAAGUAUAAAUGUUUUUUUCAAGCACAUACAUUGUUUUAUGUCAUUUGUAUAUAUAUGGGAAAUUAUGCAAUUCUAUUUGUCUAGCUUGUUUUUGGUUUAGUUUUUGAAGGUAUUCUACAAUAAAUUAUUCCGAAAAAAAUACUUUGGUUAUGUUUACCCUAUGUCAAAGGAGCAUUAACAUACCAUUCUGAAUCCAAUUUCGGUUGAACAAUCAAUCACAAUCAUCCGUUAUCAAUGUCCAUGCAUAUGAUAUUUGGCAGACAUGAUCAAAUAUAUGUAUCUUUACACUAAUGGGGCAUUCACAUGGUCGUCGGAUAUGGGAAACUUCCCAAUAAGGAGGUCAUAACUCCAGCAUGUUUGUGAUCAAGUGCUUUUAAGUCAGAACAAUUGUUCCACCAAUACGAUUUUAGCUAGCUAGACAAUAAAGUUAUCUAGCUUGCUUAUCAUUGACAAUAUGGUCAAACUAGCUAAAUUAUUCACAUUUACAUAUUUGUAAUUGUCAAAAACUAAUUUGUGGUAAUAUUUUAGUUGAUAAAGUGAAAAGCCAGUGGUGAAACGUCACAACUUGGUUAAUUAACAUUUUCUCUGAGUUUCCCACUUGUAAUUACGAUCAGGAGGGUCAUUCAAGUGAGAUUUCCCAGUCGGAACUACGGACUUCAGAUAACUCUAAUAGCAUGUGAACACCCCAUAAAUCCAGACCCCUUAUAGAGACGGUUAGAGGCAACUCAGUGUGAAAUAAUAGUGACACCAUCAAUUUAUGAACGGAGUCAGACAGGAUUAACCCCUGUAAAUAAACAACAUGUCC